GCGCCUGUUCUCUCCUGCAUUCCUCUCAGAAUGGAGUCUGUGCUGAGAUAUUUGGACUGGACAUCAGUGGGCUUGGCCCUGCUGGUUGGUCUGCUCACUCUCCUUCUGCUGGAGAUCUUCAGGUUGAGCUCCUCCAGGAGCCGCAACCCCCCCGGACCCAAACCGCUGCCCUUUGUUGGUAACCUGCUUCAGCUCAUGAAGGAUCCAAUGGCUCUCGUCCGAUCGAUGCAGAAAUAUGGCGAGAUGUCCAGCAUAUAUAUAGGCAGGAAGCCAUUGAUCGUGCUGAAUAACAUGCAGAUUGUGAAGGAAGCUUUCGUUCAGAAUGGGGCCGUGUUUUCUGGGAGGCCGGUCAUUCCAAUAAUACACUGGAUCACCAAUGGGUAUGGUAUUUUAGCAGUCACUUACGGUCAUGCUUGGAAACAGCAGCGCCGCUUUGCCCUGCACACACUGCGCAACUUUGGCCUGGGGAAGAAAACUAUAGAGGAGCGUGUGGCUGAAGAGGCGCAGUACCUCCUCAAGGAGAUGCUCAAGCAGGAAGGGAAGGCUUUUUACCCCAUCCACCCCUUUAUGAACGCAGUCUCCAACAUCAUCUGCUCCGUUGUCUUUGGAGACCGAUUUGAGUACGACAACAAGCGCUUUGCUAAGCUGCUGGAAUUUCUGAAUGAAAACGUUCGGCUUGCCGGAUCACCUGUUGGACAGAUCUUCAACCUGGUCCCCUUCAUAAAGCACUUUCCAGGGCCGCACCAGAAGGUCUGGCAAAAUGCCAACUCCUUGGUAGUGUUCAUUCGUGAGGCUGUGGAUGAACACAGGAAGACUCUGGACCCAGAAAACCUCAGAGACUUCAUUGAUGCCUACCUGGUGGAGAUGACCAAGCAAGAAUCAAAGGAGGACUCUACAUUCCACGAGGACAACAUGAUCAUGUCCACUUCUGACCUCUUCUUUGCUGGGACAGAAACUACAUCCACCACUCUCAGAUGGGGCCUGAUUUACAUGAUGGAGCACCCCGACAUACAAGAGCGCUGUCACAAUGAGAUCAUUCAGGUGUUAGGAUUUGACCGCUCUCCCUGCAUGGAUGACCGCGCACAGCUCCCAUACACUUACGCCACUGUCAGUGAGAUCCAGCGCUGCGCUAACAUUGUUCCGCUUGGCGUGGUUCACCAAACCACACAGCCCACAGAGCUACAGGGAUACCACCUGCCUGCGGGAACAGAGAUCCUUUCAAACUUCACGGCCAUCAUGACUGACCAAGAGCACUGGAAGCACCCGAACACGUUCAACCCAGAGAACUUUCUGGAUGAGAAAGGACAGUUCUGCAAAAACGACUGCUUUCUGCCGUUCUCUCUGGGUCCGAGGGUGUGUCUGGGUGAGUCUCUAGCAAAGACCGAGCUCUUCAUCUUCUUCACCUCUCUGAUCCAGCGGCUGAAGUUCUCGUGGCCUCCUGGAGCUCCGCCUCCAAACAUGGACGGAGUCAUGGGAGCGGUCCGCUCUCCGUUUCCGUUCAGUACAGUCUGCCACAGCAGAGAGACCACAAACUGAAUCAGACCACCAUGUGCAGCCUUUACACCACCAAUGGACAGUAUAAACCCUGGAGAACUUCAGAUGUGACUCAUAAAAAUCUCACUUUCUCCCAGAACCAACUGCAUAUAUUUUUACACUAAGGCUAUGUUUACACAGCAGGUAACAGCGACCGAGAUCCGAUCUUUUUCUCCAUAUGUGACACAGGUGUGUGUCUGUGUUUCAGUGUGAACAGCAAGAAACGCAGUGAAUCUGACAUUUUCAAUUCUGAUUUAGAUACUUUCAUAUGUGGUACUGAACCGCGACCCGUAUCCGAUCUGCGGCAAUGCGACUCAGUCUGGACAGCCAGAUCGGAAUUCAUGCGACUUUUACAUCAGUUCAUCUUGACAUUCAUCAUAAUUUUGCGCUGCUGAGACUCAUAAACAUUCAGGCUGAUGUUUCUGCGCCAAAAAAUUAGAACAGACUCAUCACAACCAUUUUGUGUUCAAAGAGGUUUUGAACGAAACGGCCAAAUCAGAACGAAUCAGAGGGCAGGAACCAAAGAAGUGGCCGUGGCCGAAUACUGGGCCCGGCGACCUCGAAAACAUUCUGGGUGAUGAGCCCAACUGUCAACCAUCUGAACUUCAUAAUUGCUCCUAUGAUGCUGGCAAAGAUGAAACUGAACCACCG